CUACACCAAACUACUACUAGUUGCAGUUGCAUUCAAGCAUAAGGAACCGACACACCCAACACAAUCAACUUACAUACCUGUCGGUAACCACAACCUUACACAAAACAACUUACACUGUUUGUGUGUAUGUGUGUGGUUUCUUUUUUGGUUCAAGCUGGCACAGAAAUUAGAAAAUUAAAAAACAAACAACACUAAGAGAAACUAACAUUCAUUCAACUCAACUCAAGUCAAUUUAGUUCAAGUACCAAAAUACACACACUCACACACACAAGAAUUAACACUUUUUUUUUUCUUUUCUCAAUGUUGGUCCAAGAGCGUUCUUCAGCUCAAAAACCUUCAAAUCAAAAUCCAAAUCCAAAACCAAAGAUCUAUUUGCGAGACACUCAUCUUCCUACAAACCGUAUCGUCGAGACUAACAACCUCGACUUCUCCGUAUGGGUAUCCGACAACCUCUACAAGAUCGUUUCAGUUUCACUUCUCGUAGUAACUGUCGCGGCACUCUUCUUCCUCCGUAACGUCGGUGAUACCGCAGCGUUACUCUGUUUCGAGAAUAAAGCGCGUGAUCUUGAGAAGAUCGAGUACCCGCGCGUGGAUUGGAACAAAAUCACUCCAAUCGCCGACAAGACUUCGAGGUACGCGAGUUUUAGGUCUGAGAAAUGGAUCGUUGUUUCGGUUUCUGGUUACCCUAGCGAUUCGUUGAAGAAGCUUGUGAAGGUGAAAGGUUGGCAGGUUGUUGCGAUCGGAGAUUCGAGAACGCCGUCGGAUUGGAAUUUGAAAGGUGCGAUCUUUUUGUCUUUGGAGGAACAAGCUAAUUUAGGGUUUAGGGUUGUUGAUUACUUGCCUUAUGAUUCUUAUGUUAGGAAAAAUGUUGGGUAUUUGUUUGCAAUUCAACAUGGUGCUAAGAAGAUUUUUGAUGCUGAUGAUAGAGGGGAAGUAAUUGAUGGGGAUUUGGGUAAACAUUUUGAUGUUGAAUUGGUUGGUGAGAGUGCUAGGCAAGAGGUUUUGUUGCAGUAUAGUCAUGAUAACCCUAAUAGAAGUGUUGUGAAUCCUUAUGUUCAUUUCGGACAGCGUUCGGUUUGGCCGAGAGGUUUGCCGUUGGAGAAUGUAGGUGAAAUUGGGCAUGAAGAGUUUUACACUCAGGUGUUUGGUGGGAAACAGUUUAUUCAGCAGGGUAUAUCUAAUGGUCUUCCAGAUGUUGAUUCUGUGUUUUAUUUUACGCGGAAAUCGGGUUUGGAACCAUUUGACAUUAGAUUUGAUGAGCAUGCGCCAAAGGUUGCGUUGCCGCAGGGUGUGAUGAUGCCGGUUAAUUCUUUUAAUACAAUGUACCAUUCUCCUGCGUUUUGGGCUUUGAUGCUUCCGGCGUCGGUUAGUAGGAUGUCAUCUGAUGUUUUGAGAGGUUAUUGGGGACAGAGGCUUCUUUGGGAAGUUGGUGGUUAUGUUGUGGUUUAUCCGCCUACUGUUCAUAGGUAUGACAGGGUUGAGGCUUAUCCGUUUUCAGAGGAGAAAGAUCUUCAUGUGAAUGUCGGUCGUUUAAUCAAGUAUUUGGUUUUGUGGAGAUCGAAUAAGCAUAGGUUGUUUGAGAAGAUCUUGGAUUUGAGCUAUGCAAUGGCAGAGGAGGGUUUUUGGACUGACAAGGAUGUGAAACUUACUGCUGCUUGGCUGCAGGAUUUAUUAGCUGUUGGUUAUCAGCAGCCGAGGUUAAUGUCUUUGGAACUCGGUCGUCCGAGAGCAAAUAUUGGUCACGGAGACCAGAGGGAGUUCAUCCCGCAAAAGUUGCCGUCUGUUCAUCUUGGAGUUGAAGAAACGGGAACUGUGAAUUACGAAAUUGGUAAUUUAAUCCGAUGGAGGAAAACUUUUGGGAAUAUUGUGCUCAUCAUGCAUUGCAGUGGGCCGGUCGAACGUACGGCCCUUGAAUGGAGGUUGCUAUACGGGAGAAUAUUCAGAACCGUUGUUAUUUUGUCGGAAAAGAAGGACGUAGAUCUUGUUGUACAGGAAACCCAUUUGGACCAAGCAUACAAGUACAUGCCAAAAAUAUUUGAUCAAUUUAGCAGUGCAGAAGGAUUUUUAUUCCUGCAGGACAAUACAAUUCUUAACUAUUGGAACAUACUGCAAGCUGAUAAAACCAAACUGUGGAUCACUAAUAAGGUACCCGAGUCUUGGUCUUCUGUUUUAACCGGGGACAACGCAGACUGGUUAUCUCAACAAGCAAACAUGGUACAGAAAGUUGUUAGCAUGAUGCCAGCUCACUUUCAAGUCAAUUACAAAGAAACAAGUAACAACGACAAGAACCUCUUGUUAUGCAGUUCUGAGAUAUUCUACGUACCUCAGCGCUUCGUCAGUGAUUUUGUUGAGCUUGUUAACUUAGUAGACAAUCUAGAGAUCCAUCAGAAGGUUGCAAUUCCUAUGUUCUUUGUCUCCAUGGAUUCUCCACAGAAUUUUGAUCCUAUUCUUGAUACAACAAUCUACAAGAAAAAACCUCCAACCACUAAUUCCUCGACUCUUUAUUCAGCUAAAGUUCCUGCUGUUCAUCCAUGGAGUGUAUCAACUGAGCAAGAAUUUAUAAAGCUUAUCAGAGUAAUGGCUGAAGGGGAUCCACUCCUUAUGGAAUUGGUUUAAAAGGUAGAAUUGUUUCUUGAUACUAGCUGAGAGGAGAGAGGACCAAGAAACAUGUAUAACAUUUGGAUAAUACUUAAGCGGUCUCUUCUCAAUCAAAAAUUAGUGUUACAGUCUUUUUUUCAUUUUUGUUUUCUCUUCUAAAAUUUCUUGGGUAGUUUUUUAACCCCUUUUUUUCCCCCUCCCUUUAUUCUCUCCCUUUAUUGUAGAUUUGUUCCACAGAGAAAAUGUAUUAAUGCUUCUUUUCUUUUUUGUGAAAAUAUGAAAUGGAAAUGUAUUUGUAAUGAAUAUUUUGCAAUUCAAGCUCUCCAUUGAGAGAUUCUUUUUACCUUA